AUGACAUACGAAACUUUUGGCAAAUUCGCCCAUGAGAUCCGCCUGUGGGAAGGUUUCUGUCACCCUAAUGUGCUAGAGCUGCUGGAUUGGUGCACCAAUCCAAAGAGGCCCACGGAGUUAUCGAUGAUCACCUCUGUGGCACCCGAACAAUCUUUAUUACACUAUGUCGCGCGUUAUGGAAAGCUGCCCGAAUAUCUCGCGCAGCCCGUCGUCGCUCAAGUUAUAGACGGCCUUAUGGGUUUCCUUCACCGGGACAUCAAACCUGAGAACAUCCUGGUUUUCCACCAGGACGAAUCUGGCGUUCUCACCGUCAAAAUUGGCGAUUUCGGGACGUGUAUCCGGAAAAAGGAGGAUCCUAACGCACCGGUGGACCGUGCGGGAAGUACGAACUACGCCGCGCCUGAAGUGGCGAUGAAGCGCAACAACGAGCUAAGCGACGCAUUCUGUGUCGGAGGCGUGAUGUACUUCAUAUUGUUCAAGAAACGGCCGUUCCUGGUCCGAGAAGGAGCAAAAGACGUUGUAGAUCAAAUCACAACCAGGCGAUCGCAACUUGUGGAACUUGACGAGGUCGCUCCGAAUGCAACGGAAGAGAAUGCCGCCGAAGAAAGUGCUCGCGGAGUGAAUGCCGGCGGAGCGAAUGCCGCCGAAGAGAACGGAGCUAAGGGGGAAAAUACCGGAGCGAAUGACGCCGGAGCGGACGACGCCAACGGUGGCAGUGGUAACAGCAAUGCACCCACCGAGGAGGCCCAAGCCACAGGCAACGAUGACGUGAAGAAAGGCUCGCUCAGCAAACAUGCUCGCGCUUUACUCCGCGGAUUGUUGCAGGAGAAACCCGAAGAUCGCAUGGAUCUCAGGAGAGCUCGGGAGUCUCCUUGGCUCCAAGAUUGCGAACAGAGCGAGCCUUGCUGCUGCUCCAGCGCCAGUAGCCGUAGCGUCAUCACAUUACAUCCGUCAAGCCCGGACACAACGUUCAAUCCAUCUUCGAUCGUCGUCGUCCUCGCCGUCGCCUGGCGCUUCCGCCUAUGGAGAAAGCGCUGCUCUAGCCCCGAAUUCAGUGCAAGUCGCCGGACCAAGUCGCGCAGCUCAUGGUCAGGAGUCGACGAAUCCGCUGUUGACCCGUUGCAGCCCAUAGCGGAGGACCUGGAGCGCGCAGAGACUGCUUCCCAAGUGCUAAACGCGAUUCUGGAGCAUGUGCCCGUUCCCCCGCAGAACGCUGCUAUGGACGUCGACCUUGUCCCUGAGCCAGCCGAAGAGCCAGGAGCUGCAAUGACCGACACCGUGCCAGCUGCAUCUACCUUGAAGGCCCCUCCUCCACGCACGCGGGCUCGUACUCGCGCAAGGAAAAACGCUGGAUCCUCUCCGGCAGUGCCUGUCAGACGAUCGACUCGCAUCCACGACAAGCGCGCUGGUACUGCAGUCGGUGCAAUUGCCGCGACUCAUGAUGCGCAGGUCGCGCCAGCGGUCGGGAAGAAGGGGAUGUUGGCCACGACCGGACAGAAGAGGAAGCUGGGCGCACAAGUGGAGAAGGCCAGCAAGAGACAGAAGAUGGUAUAA